UGGUGUUAGUCCCGCCCCCACUCCGCGAUAGCCCGGCCGGCUGCCCGGGAGCUACGGCCAUGACGGCGCGAGGGACCGCGAGCCGCUUCUUGACCAGUGUCUUGCACAACGGGCUGGGUCGUUACGUGCAGCAGCUGCAGCGUCUCAGCUUUAGCCUUAGCCGUGACGCGCCCUCGUCCCGCGGUGCCAGGGAGUUUGUGGAACGGGAGGUGACCGACUUCGCCCGCCGGAACCCGGGGGUCGUAAUAUACGUGAAUCCGCGGCCGUGCUGUGUGCCCAGAGUAGUGGCCGAGUACCUUAACGGGGCUGUGCGCGAGGAGAGCAUCCACUGCAAGUCGGUCGAGGAGAUCGCCGCACUGGUGCAGAAACUGGCGGACCAGUCGGGAUUGGACGUGAUCCGCAUCCGCAAGCCCUUCCACACGGACAGCCCUAGCAUCCAGGGCCAGUGGCACCCCUUCACCAACAAACCGACAACGUUGGGCGGCCUGCGCCCUCGAGAGGUUCAGGAUCCUGCUCCAGCCCAGGUGCAAGCACAAUGAAGAGUUGCCCCAUUAACUCCAAUUCCAGUCUUGAUUCUCAUCUCAGUAGAGGUGGUUCUUCCUCCUCGUUUGGUUCACAGGAGACACAUGGAACCCACCAAAAGGGAAGCUGAGGCAAAACUUUUGCUUGGGAUACAGAAGAGUUGCCUGUUUCUUUUUUUGGUGUUCACUGUGAGGGGCAGUGGCUGUGAGCCUUCUACUUUUUAUCUGGUUGACAUCUGUAAAAUCUGAGAGUGUUAAAGGAUUUUACUGGGUCCUUAUUUCUCAAAUCCAUAAUAGUGAUCUGAAAUCACAUUGAGAGGUUUCAAGGCUGGCAUCUGAAGAAUCUCUACGUCGUUUCUGCAUUCGUUGACCUAGAGAGAAGUAGCACCUUAUACUCUGCUGUGUAUACACUGGGCAAGGCCUUUUAUAUGUGUGUGAAUGUUUUGUGUACAGAUUAGAAAACUGAAGUUAAUAAACUUGCCAAGAUCACACUGUAA